AUGGCGAACGCGUAUCGCAGACUUUUUUUUGUUCUCCACACCCUGCUCAUUUUUUUCAUAAUUUUACUUUUUUGGGCUAAUUGGAGAUACUCCAACAAUGGUUGGAAUUAUGGGAACCCUUCUGCAAUCCCUCCCAAUACUGCAAUCCUUCCCAAUACUGCAAACCUUCCCACUACUGCAGACCUUCCCAAUAGCGUACAGCCUAAUACGUCGGAUUUAAUCACGCCCUAUCCUUUUCUUGCCGAGCUUGACACACUAGAGCUCACGGGGGAGGAGCUUCAAGACGUCUCCAACCGACAUGAGGCGUUUGUCUCCUAUAACGCCAGCGGCCCAUACCGUGUGUGUCCAGAAAGAUACAUCAUUGCUAAGGCAAAUGAGUACGGUCGCCAUCACAAUCAAAUGGAAGAAUAUAUGAAUACUAUAUUGUGGGCAGAACGUUUAAAUCGUACUGCUGUUUUGGGGGGAUUUUGGGUUAAAGGCCACUGGGUGGAUCCUGCAAAAAUUUAUGACUUUUCAAAAAUUGCACAACGAUACUGUGUGAUUUCAGAUAAGGUGUUAGAGCAGAAAUUGCUUGAUUCACCUUUUUUGGAAAAUCUCACGUAUACUUGUUACGGUUGGUGUAUACGGCACGCACCAUUAGGUCCUUUGUUUCAACGUAUGCAAUUUUUGGAGCAACACUCAGGCCUGCCACCAUAUGUUUCAUGGGAAGCUCGAAAGACUGUUAUGAAACAAGCCGUCUUGGUUUAUAGUCAAGAACAAGCCGAUGUGAUGGUGAUUGGUGGUCAGUAUGCCUUUUUACUUCAUCAUGGGCUUGUCCAUCAUGCGGCUAUUUACAGUCUUUUGCAACCCUCCCCAUUUGUGCGGAAAAAGGUGGAUGAAUUUCUUAACUAUUAUUUCUCUUCAGGAAAGCAAUAUAUUGGCAUACACAAGCGACACCGCGAGUCGAGCUGUAAAAAAGGCUUAAGAGAGAAGAUGCCUGACUUUCGGGAAUAUACACACCUGUCGCCCCAACGGGAAAAGCUACCGCUUGCUCAGUGCGUCAUCAGCAUAUCGUACCUUGAUGCGCUGCACACCUCACUGGGUCUGAAGUUGUUUUCUUUCCCACUCUUUGUGGCGCACGACCACCAAGACAAAGUUACAAUCCGGCAUUUGGCGAUGAAAGGCGCGCGUUUGUAUGACAAAGAUUACUAUCCCCAUUUUGAGGACUGUGAGUAUGGGUUGUGCUCUCUCGCCAUGGACUACUUUCUGCUUGUCGAGGGUGAGUAUUUUAGUGGGAAUGUGAUAUCCUCAGUAUCGGAGAAUGUCUGCUUUGCUCGUCUAGGAAAGGGGAAGGCAUGUCAUGGAAUGGAACCAGGUAUCAUCCGCUUGCUUACCCAUGAUGUGAUUGAGCCUUACAAGCGCUAUAAGUGA